AUGUCCUUCAGUGCCACCAUCCUCUUCUCCCCUCCCAGCGGCAGUGAGGCCAGAUGCUGCUGCUGUGCCUGUAAGAGUGAGACUAGUGGGGGCAACACAGGCUCUCAGAGUGCGAAUCCUCCUCCCAGCACCCCCAUCACAGUGACCGGACACGGCCUGGCGGUUCACAGUUCGGAGCAGCUCCUGCAUAUUAUCUACCAGCGGGUGGACAAGGCAGUGGGUCUGGCUGAGGCUGCUCUGGGGCUUGCCAAGGCCAAUAAUGAAUUGCUAAGACGUCUCCAGGAGGAAGUGGGGGAGUUGAGGCAAGGCCAAGUGUCCACGCCUGAUGAAGAUGGGGACAGCCAGGCGCAUGGUUCACCGCUUGAGGAGCCUGGGUCUCUCAAGGAGAGUCCCGGGGGAGCCGGCAGGACUGUGUCUGCCACGGAAGAGGAGUGUGACGACGUGGGCAGCAGUGUGCAGGUGGCCAUCGAGCAGCAGCUGGGAGCAGCCUUGGCUGUAAGGCCUGGCCCUUUGGGCUUCCCGGCCGCUCAGAGAGACGUGCGGCUCCCAGGAUGCACCCUGGCUGCCAGUGAGGCGUCCCCCAUGCUCAAUCCCCUGGUGGAUGAUUAUGUGGCCUCUGAGGGUGCAGUACCGCGGGUGCUGGUCUCUGCUUAUGCCAAACAGCUCUCACCAGCCACACAACUGGCUAUCCAGCGGGCAACUUCAGAGACAGGGCCAGAAAAUGGAAUCAAGCUGCCACUGCCUCGCCCCGAGGACAUGCUCAGUGCUGCUGCUGCGCUGGAAGGUGCCUUGGAAGAGUCAGGCCCAGGGGGAGCUGGGGAGCUGAGACACUCUCUAGGGUUUACUGCUUCCCCGUGCAGGACCAGAGGGAGUGGGCAGAAGAACUCCAGGCGCAAGCGGGAUCUGGUACUUUCUAAAUUGGUCCACAAUGUGCAUAACCACAUCACCAAUGACAAGAGAUUCAAUGGGUCUGAAAGCAUCAAAUCCUCUUGGAAUAUUUCAGUAGUGAAGUUCCUUCUGGAUAAGCUCAAGCAGGAGCUGGUGACCAGUCCCCACAAUUACACUGAUAAGGAGCUGAAAGGAGCCUGUGUAGCCUACUUUCUCACGAAGAGACGUGAGUACCGCAACUCCUUGAACCCCUUUAAAGGACUGAAGGAAAAAGAGGAGAAGAAACUGCGAAGUCGCAGAUACAGGCUUUUUGCCAACCGAUCCAGUAUCAUGAGGCAUUUUGGGCCUGAGGAGCAACACCUGUGGAAGGAUGUGACCGAAGAGCUGAUGUCAGAUGAAGAGGACAGUCUUAAUGAGCCGGGUGUCUGGGUAGCCAGGCCUCCCCGUUUCCGGGCCCAGCGCCUCACAGAGCUCUGCUACCAUCUGGAUGCCAACUCUAAGCAUGGCACUAAAGCCAACCGUAUAUAUGGGCCUCCCUCAGACAGAUUACCUUCUGCUGAGGCCCAGCUCCUUCCACCGGAACUUUAUAAUCCUAAUUUCCAAGAAGAGGAAGAUGAGGGAGGUGAUGAAAAUGGACCUGUCUCCCUAUCUUUUGACCAGUCCCAUAAAACCUGCUGUCAUGACUUGAAUUCAUUUAUUGAAGUCAAGGUGGAAAAGGAUGAGUGA